UCUGUUCCUCUGGGCGGGGCUGAGGAGGCGGGACUGCCGGCCUCCUUAUCUCCAGAGGCAGCUGUGUCUCCCUGGCGCUGGACCCACAGUUCCAGCUCUUUGCCAUGGGGUCUCUGCUACUCCUUUCACCAUUGUUUUUGCUGGGAGCCACCUAUUCGGGAGGCAGGAGUGUGCGUGAGCGCCGGGCUGAGUGGGCGCAAAGCCCCGGGGUCAGCCCUGUCUCACCCUCAGGGACCUCAGCACCAUUCUGGGUGCGCUUAAGCCCAGAGCUCGUGUCAGUGCCGCCGGGGAGCUCAGUGUUGCUCAACUGCUCCAGCAGCUGCCCCCUGCCUGAGAACUACCAACUUAGGACCCAGCUGCAGCAGGGCAAAACGCUCAGUGGGUCGGGCUGGGUGUCCUACCAGCUGCUGGACGUGAGGGCCUGGAGCUCUGACGUGCAUUGCUUUGUCACCUGCGCAGGGGAAAUGCGCUCAGCCACGACCAGAGUCACUGCCUACCAACUGCCGCACAGCAUGCUCCUGGAGCCUCUGGUCUUAGAGGGCAGCGAGUACACGCUGCGCUGCCACAUGACGCGAGUUUUCCCUGUGGGCUUCCUGGUAGUGAGCUUUCAGCAUGGUGGCCGCGUCAUCUACUCAGAGAGCCUGAAGCACUUCACGAACGUGAAUCCAGCCAAUGUGACGCUGACCUACAUGCUGCCUUCCAGGUCCCCUGACCUCUGGCAGCCCGUGACGUGCCAUGCACACUUCAAUCUCGAUGGCCUGGUGGUCCACAGCAGCUCAGCACCCUUGAUGCUGACUGCCCUAGCUUGGAGCACCGAGUCCAAAGCCUUGACCUUCACCUCCAUCGCAUCACUUGUGAUCCUUCUCGCCGUUGGAGCUGCCUACCUGAUGCAGGCACAGGUGUAGGGUAGUAGGGGGGAGUUGCCCAUGCCUACAGAAGGAAAAAAAAGAUCUGGAGCAAUUUGGGGAGUCCUACCCAGAUCAAUAAAGUCUUCCUCAGAUCAACUCAGAUCAAUAAAGGCUCUGUCCUGUGGCCUGGCAUAACCAUUCCCCAUUAGUGCAUCUCCUCAGAGGAAGUGGUCUCUUUUUCUGGUUCUGCUGGAAUCACUUUCUCCAAGUUCUUUGUCUUCCUGAGGGCACCUGAGGUCCUCUCACUCAGGCCUACCUGGGGUCCUCCGAGUCCCAAUUCCUCUGCAGUCCCAGCCGGUGUAGUAAAACACUCUCCUUCUGAGGGCCUUAUCAGUGUGGUGCAGAUGGGCAAAGCCCUGGCCCUGGAGGGCCCUGAGGGGUCUGGAUCACGGCAUGACUUUUCUUGAUUGCCUCCCGCACCUGCCUCGCAGCAGCUCUGAGGAGUUUUUUCCUUCCUCACCCCCACCUCCACUUUAGACCUUAGGUUUUUCUGGAGGACAAGGGUAGAGGAGAAUUGUCCCCCCAUAGCUCAGGAUUAGCGCUGGUGGUGACAGCACAAA